AUGGUGGCAGCAUCCAAAGUGGUUCAUGCACAGCCUUGUAGUGGUGGAGGAAAAGUGGAAGUGGUGGCUAAAGCAAGUAAUACUGGGAAAAUAAUAAGACCCAAUUUGAAAUUGUACAGUUUAGUGGAAUUGAAAAGAGCAACGAGAAACUUUAGACCAGAUACAUUAUUAGGGGAAGGAGGUUUUGGUAGUGUUUAUAAAGGCUGGGUUGAUGAGAAUACCUUAGUUCCUUCUAAAGUUGGCUUUGGAAUGGCCGUUGCUGUAAAAAAAUCUAAUGCAGAUAGCCAGCAAGGUCUCAACGAAUGGCAGGCAGAAGUAGAGUUUCUGGGAAAAUUUAGUCAUCCAAAUCUAGUGAAAUUAAUCGGAUAUUGCUGGGAGCAGAAGCAAUUCCUGCUGGUAUAUGAAUACAUGCAGAAAGGGAGUUUAGAUAAUCACCUUUUCAGAAAGGGUGCAGACACACUUUCCUGGGACACACGAAUUAAGAUAUUAAUAGGAGCAGCUCGAGGUCUUGUUUUUUUGCACACAACAAAGAAGCAAGUCAUUUACCGUGAUUUUAAAGCUGCCAACAUUUUACUGGAUGGGGACUACAACGCCAAGCUUUCUGAUUUUGGACUUGCUAAGCUAGGUCCUGCAAAUGGCGAAUCACAUGUGACAACAGGAGUUAUGGGUACUUAUGGCUAUGCAGCUCCAGAAUACAUGGCCUCUGGACAUUUGUCCGUGAAGAGUGAUGUGUACGGUUUUGGUGUUGUAUUGCUAGAGAUCAUUACGGGCCGUCGGGUACUUGACUUGAACCGGCCCAAUGGGGAACAAAAUCUAGUGGACUGGGCCAAACCAUUAUUACCUGACAAGAAGAAGCUAAGGAAACUAAUGGACACCAGACUAGAAGGGCAGUACCCAUCAAAGGCUGCAUUUCAAGUAUUACAACUCAUCCUCCAAUGUCUUGAAAACAUAACAACUUAA